CAUCAUCUGUUUCUGUCCGAAAGCACACACCUGCCGUGUUUCUCCUCUGCUCUCCCAUAAGUUUCCCCCGCUUUCGUCCCUGAUUGUCUUCGGGUUGCCUUCAUUGGAAGGCCGUAUUUUCGCCAUUGAUGGAUGCAGAUAAAAGCAGGGAAACAGGAAAGGGCAUCGAGGAGGAGCAAAAGGCAACAGAAACAGGAAGGACCGGUGACUCCCAGAGCAGCAAAGGGAAGGAUCUCGAUUUUAGCAUGGAGGCAGGGGAGCAAUGGAGCUCGGCUUUUACCGAUGCUUCCAUGGCAGCUAGGCCUCUCAAGAAGAUCCGCAGCCCCGAAAGAAUAGAGCGCCCGACUCAAUCUUCCGCGUUUCCUGCUCUGUCAUCGUCCUCUCCUGCCUCGAGAUUAUCGCUCCCUUUUACGUCUGGUACGUCUCCCCAGCAUGUACAAUUGCCGCACCAAUUCCGAACUUCACCAUCGGCGUUUCCUCUGUUCCAACAACAACAACCUCAGAAUCCACAGCAGAUGAUUUCUUUCACUCCCCAGCAGGGGAACAUUAACUAUCAGCCAUUCUUCGGCAUGGAACCGGGUUCUCUCCAACAGCAGCAGCUUCUGCGAUACUGGAGCAACGCCCUGAACUUAAGCCCGAGAGGAAGUACAGCCUCGGCCACUACAAGCAGGUCGGAACAAGGUUCGAGGCCCCCAUUGCAGCCUAUUCACACGACAAAGCUCUACCGAGGAGUGAGGCAGCGGCACUGGGGCAAAUGGGUGGCCGAGAUUCGGCUCCCUCGGAACAGGAACCGGCUCUGGCUCGGAACUUUCGAUACAGCAGAAGAUGCUGCAUUGGCUUAUGACCGGGAGGCCUUCAGGCUGAGAGGAGCGAACGCGAAGCUAAACUUCCCCGAACAUUUCCGAAAUAGAGGACAAGCUGAAGCAGGAUCCACAGCUCCGAGUUUCACCUCGCCCUCGCCCCCAACCCUGGGUCCUAUACCGAAUUCUGAAGAAGAUGGUCGCAGCAAGGAGUCAGGAGCUGGACCAAGCGUGGAAGUCGUGGAGUCCACUUCUAGAUCAGGAGGAGGGGAAGGGGGAACGGGUUCGAGACCACGGGAAGCGGCGUGGGAGGAAAUGGCGGAGGCUUGGUGUAACGCGAUUUCGGCUGGAUGGGGCCCUGGAAGUCCAGUUUGGGACGAUUUGGAUACAGCCAAUAGUUUCCUAUUGCAGUCCCACCUCCGUCCCAGAAACCCGAACCAGGAGCCUUCGAAGAGCUCUGACGUUCACAAGGAGGAGGAAAGCUCAAGCUCAGAUUCACCAUCUCGUUCCGGUCCAGCAUAGACUUCAUCCGGAAGGAUCGAGAUGAUCGAGGUUCUACGUGCCCAAAUAAUCCUGGUUUCCGUGUGAAUAACAGUCAGUUAAUAUACAGUUAGACCUUAGAUCUUUUAACGGGUUGAGGACUCUUUAGGGAAAAAAAACAACCCGUGCCUUCACUUUCAUUAGCCUAAUUUCUGCUGCAAGAAGGGCUGCACAUUUUUUCGACAGUCUUCUUGGCAGGGCUCCUUAAUUAGGUAACUCCGAUCUAUCUUAUGGCUGCGAUGCGAAGAAGGCGGCAUUUUUAUGAUCUGCUUCUCCCUCAGCUCAAUUGAUGUACCGGUUGCAUCUUCGUUGUGUACCUUAGUUAUCUCUGUAAUGAUCAUACCUUAUAUUAGUAGUGUCCUUUUCUCGUCAUCGGAAUUAUGUACUGUGGAUCAAACUUGCACUAUCAA